CAGUCGUGUGCUGUGCUUGCGACUCGUGGGAGCUAACUGUUACCGUAGCCGUCAUCGUCGUUGUCAUCGUCGCUUUUUUCCUUCACUUCAUAUUUUAUACCACUGUCACCUUUGUGCUCUCUCUCUUUUCGUUUUUGCUACGAAAUUGUCGAGGCUGCAGUGAGUGUGUGCAAGUGGUACUGCUACAGCUCCAAAAUCUUAUUUGCUCCCGCUCAUUCCAUUCAUUCCAAUUUACUUCGAGUAUCCAAAUCGCGAACCCUUACCAUACUGCAAGCAGUCCACUAGUCCGAUCGAAAUCGCCUGACAGAAUUCGUUGCAAAGAUGGCCGGUGAGAAGCGCAACGCGACCGAAGCAGAGGAAACACUCCGCCAGGAAACCGCUAUCCUGCUCGAUAUCGAAGGAACUACUUCCAGCAUCAGCUUUGUCAAGGACACUCUAUUUCCUUACAUCCGUGAAUGCCUGAAAAAACACGUCGAUGAAAAAUGGGACAGUGAGGAAUUCAAAGACGAUUUCAUGAAAUUGAAUGCUCAGGCUAAAGAAGAUGAGCAAAAUAAGGUUGACGGUUUUGUAUCUAUUAAAGAGGGUACUGAAGAGGAAGCCAAAGAAUCCUUAAUUAAAAAUGUACUAUGGCAAAUGGACAAUGAUCGUAAAACGGAAGCCUUGAAGCAAUUGCAAGGGAAUAUAUGGAAAGCUGCACAUAAAUCAAUUAAAGGACACGUUUAUGAUGAUGUGCCAAAAGCUUUUGAAGAAUGGACCAAAGCUGGUAAAAAACUUUAUAUUUAUUCAAGUGGUAGUGUGCAAGCUCAAAAGUUACUGUUCGGAGACUCCACGCAUGGUGAUUUAUUGAAGUUCAUCAAUGGUCACUUUGAUACUAGUAUUGGUCCAAAACAAGAAGCUGACAGUUAUAAAAAAAUUUUAGAAAAAAUUAAUUGCAAGGCAUCUGAAGUACUGUUUUUGACUGAUGCAGUAAAAGAAGCUGAAGCUGCCAUAACUGCGGGUUUGUCAGUAGUGAUAGUCGUUCGUAAAGGAAAUGUAGAAUUAACUGACGAGGAAAUGGAAAAAUUUAAAUCCAUAGAAUCUUUUGAUGAAAUAUCUUUCGAACUGGGCAAUAAGCGACCAAAAAUAGAAAAUGAAUCUACAGUUCAACUUGAACAAAAAAUUGAAAGUAUUGAUGGAGUUGAAAAAAAGGAUGAUACAAAAAAAAAUUUUGAUUCAACUUUAAAGUCUGAUGAAGCUAUGGAUACGACAGAAGGAACAGCAAUGGAGGAUUCUGCAAUUAUAACUGAUAACAUCGCAAGAAAUCAAAAUGAAGAAUUAAAAGAAAAAAUGAGUGAAGAAGUUGUGGAGAAAAUGAAUAUUGAUAGCGCUGUUGAAAUUAAAGAAACUCCCGUUGAAAAAAAAUUAGAAAAUGGAGGCGAUGAAAAAGAAAAUGCCAAAUCCAAAAAAGAGGAAUCAAGUGAAUGUUGUGAAAAAUUAACUAAUGUUCAAUCUGUAUCCGAAAAAUUAGAUGCUGAAAAAUCCACGGGAGAAAAAAUAACCAAAUUACAAUCUGAAGAAGUUAAUACUGAAAAAAAUGUGGAUAUUGAUAAUUUACAUGUUAAUGAAAAAUUAAAUUACGACGUUAAAAAACCAGUUGAUAAAGAAGAAGAAAAUCAAAUAAUAAUACCUAAUGAAACUUCAGAAGAAAGUACUGAAAAAAAAACUGCAGCGGAUACUGAAGAGCCAGUAAAAAAAACUGAUGUUUCUUUGAAGGAAGUCUCUAAUUCAAAAAAGGAAUCAUCUAUCAUAGUAGAGGUCGAUGGAAUCGUUAAAAAGGACUUAGCAGAAAUAACUGAUCUCAAAAAACCAGUUGAAGUCGAAAAGGCAGAUAAUAAAGCAGAGAAUCAAUUGAAACCCGAAAUUACUUCAAAUAAGAUAGCAGAAGAGAUUUUAGAAAUUAAAGGAACUGUAACGAAAGAAGAAGCCGCAAAAACGGAAAACGAAAUUACUAAAAUAAAUGAAAAGAACCUUGAAAGUGAAGGUAAAAAGAAGCUUAACGGAACAACAACGAAUGGUGAUGUUACGAAAAUUGACGAUAAAAACGGUGUAUGUGGUAAGACAGAAGUAGUUGAAACCGAUGAAGCGAUCAAAUUGAAAAAAUCUGUGGCUGAUGGCGCUGGCGAACCAGAAAUCGUUAAUCAUUCAAUUGUCGCUGCCACAUCAUAAUUUAUCAUUCAAACUACAAGUAUUUGAACAUUAUUUCAUUCUUUAUAAGUAUCUUAAUGAAUAUAUAAGUGCAAGUGAUAUAUGCACAAUUUCACAACAACAGAAUUUUUAAGCGAACGAUCUAAUAGCUUCAAAAAUAAUGGCAUUCGACGAAGAAGUACUUUAUAAUCAAAUCAAGGGUUUUGUAAUUUAAAUGAAAAUUUCAUUAUUUGCAUACUAAUAUUUUUUUCAAUUUAAUAACAAAACAAAUUAUGAUU